AUGACAACGCAAUAUUCAGGAUAUGGCAGUUCGCUGCCUGACGAGUUCGAUAUCAUCGUGGCGGGAGGUGGAAGUUGUGGAUGUGUAGUCGCGGGCAGGCUGGCCAAUUUAGAUCACAACCUCAAAGUUCUGUUGAUCGAGGCUGGGGAAAGCAACCUCAACAACCCCUGGGUUUUCCGCCCCGGCAUCUAUCCGCGGAACAUGAAGCUGGACUCGAAGACAGCCUCCUUCUACGAGUCUCGUCCAUCCAAAUGGCUUGCUGGCCGCAAAGCCGUUGUACCUUGUGCUCAUGUUCUGGGAGGCGGCUCAUCAAUCAACUUCAUGAUGUACACCCGUGCCUCAGCCUCCGACUAUGACGAUUUUCAAGCCAAAGGCUGGACGACCCAGGAACUAUUGCCGCUCAUGAAGAAGCAUGAGACGUAUCAAAGAGCAAGUCAAAACAGAGACAUUCACGGUUUUGAAGGCCCAAUCAAGGUGUCCUUUGGAAACUACACGUAUCCGAUUAAAGACGACUUCCUCCGAGCUGCAGAGUCGCAAGGCAUUCCUGUCGUUGACGAUCUCCAAGAUCUUGUCACAGGCCAUGGUGCCGAGCAUUGGCUCAAAUGGAUCAAUCGAGAUACAGGACGGCGAAGCGAUAGCGCGCAUGCAUACAUCCACGCCACUCGUGCAGCCCACUCCAACUUAUAUCUAGCCUGCAAUACAAAGGUUGACAAAGUAAUCAUCGAAAAUGGACGAGCUGUGGGCGUGCAGACUGUCCCAACCAAGCCUCUUGGCGGCCAGCCGCAAACUCGUAUCUUCCGCGCUCGCAAGCAGAUCGUCGUAUCGGGUGGAACGCUGUCUUCUCCACUAAUUCUCCAGAGAUCGGGAAUUGGCGAUCCCGCCAAGCUCAAGAACGUAGGCGUCAAGUGCUUGGUUAACCUCCCUGGAGUGGGGUUAAAUUUCCAAGAUCACUACUUGACCUUCUCGGUCUUUAGAGCUAAGCCCGAUGUCGAAACCUUUGACGACUUUGUUCGAGGGGACCCUGAAGUACAGAAACGUGUUUUUGAUGAGUGGCAUUUGAAAGGAACUGGACCUCUCGCAACCAACGGCAUCGAUGCGGGUGUAAAGAUUCGCCCUACGGCGCAAGAGCUGAAAGAGUUUGAAAGCUGGCCAACUCCCCAUUUCAAAGAUGGCUGGGCAAGCUACUUCAAAGACAAGCCGGAUAAGCCCGUGAUGCACUACAGCGUCAUAUCAGGCUGGUUUGGCGACCAUAUGUUGAUGCCAAACGGAAAAUUCUUCACCAUGUUCCAUUUCUUGGAGUACCCAUUCUCUAGGGGCAGUACCCAUAUCAAGAGUGCCGACCCGUAUGAAUCUCCAGAUUUUGACUGUGGUUUCAUGAAUGACGAGCGCGACAUGGUCCCCAUGGUAUGGGGAUACAUUAAAUCCAGGGAAACGGCAAGGAGAAUGGAUGCCUAUGCAGGAGAGGUGGAGAAUAUGCACCCAUUCUUUGACUAUGAUUCGCCUGCAAGAGCUCAUGACAUGGACCUCGCCACAACCAAGGCUUAUGCGCUUCCCGGUAACCUGUCCGCAGGCAUUGGCCACGGAAGCUGGUCCUCUCCUCUUCCAGCGGCCGACACUAUGGCCGGUGCCAACAUCUUGAGUUCAAACAAGGUCAACUCUCGCCAAGAGCUCAAGUAUAGCUCUAAAGAUAUAAACGCCAUUGAAGAGUGGGUUAAACGCCAUGUGGAGAGUACUUGGCACAGUCUGGGCACCUGCUCAAUGGCUCCGAAGGAGGGCAACAGCAUCGUGAAGCACGGUGUGCUUGACGAGCGGCUGAAUGUCCAUGGUGUCAAAGGCCUCAAGGUUGCCGAUCUCAGUAUUUGUCCCGACAACGUGGGUUGUAACACGUAUUCAACGGCUCUGUUGAUUGGAGAAAAGGCAGCUAUGCUGGUAGCAGAGGACUUGGGCUACUCUGGCGAGGCAUUGGAGAUGAAGGUACCUUCUUAUCAUGCCCCUGGAGAGCUGGCGUUGCAAUAUCGCCUAUGA